GGUAAUUUGCUCCGAGAAGAGUAAUGUACAGCAAGAUUUGGCAGUGUUCCGUGAACUACAGUGUAAAAAAAUGCAAAGUAAUUUUAAACCCCCCUCAAGGGAGGUUCUUUGGUGAAGAUGCUGAUGCAAUCAGUGUCUUUGCUGUCAUCUUGCAGCAGAGUUGCUUUAGCUGCUUCAAGACCGGCAGUUGUUGCUAGAAAUGUGCUGAAGUCGAUCGUUGGAGAGAAACCUAACCUGUCUUCAAGACUCUUCAGUUGUCAGCAGCUCAGUGCUGCAACUGUGACGGCAUGCAACUUUGCUUUGAAAACAGCUCCAAAAUUGACAGCACCAUUAGGAACAGUGCCGUCUGUGUGGAUGCCAAAAUGCCAACAAUAUCUCUUAGCUCCUCCUCUACCUCUCAGCACAACUCAGACUCGCUCAGUCACCAAGUGGUCCUUGCGAAAAGGCAAGCGCAAGACAGUUAGAACAGUAAUCUGCCGCUUUAAGAGAAUUUCAUGGCCAGGCAGAGGCAUUUGGAUACGACCAAGAGCAGGAGCUAAAAACAAAAUGUGGAAGAAGUCUCCUGCAGAAAGACGGCGAUGCAAGACACAUGUUUUUUGUAAUGCUACACAGUCCCAAAUGUUAGAUAAAAUGGUGACAAGAUACUGGAAGAAACCACGGUACUACCCAGAUGACCCUUACAGGCCAUAUAUGCGACGAGAUAACUUUCAUUUAACUCAGUCCUACCCAAGAGAAUUUUAUUAAGCCUGUGUAGAAAGGUCUCAAGAUGUGCAUAGCAAAUAAAUUAAUUGUAAAUAUAUAACUACCUUGA